AAAGUAGCAAUGAAUUAGUAUUUUUCAAUAAUUUUUUCAAAAUUCCCCAAACUUCUAAAAAUCUCAAUUUUAAUAGUGUGCGUGCUUCUUUUUUAAUCCCCAAUUCCCUCCGAUUUGACCGGAUUUCUAAUUUCUCCACUAAAAGGCGAAUCUAAACUGGGUUAAAAUACAAUAUUUUUCCGGAUGAACCCAUAGAUGUCCCUUGAAUGGCGAAUAUCAUAUCGGCAAUGGAGAGCGCGCGAAUAAUUCAAAAAAAAAAACCUUCCACUUUCCAUUGAGUUUCCCUGAUCGGUUGCGCACCACCGAUGGAAUGAAACUCUUCGGCUGUUGGAAUUCGAGCUGCCAUGGCGCGUUUUGUGGCCACAAUUAAGGCGAUAUUUACGCGAGUUGUUUUUGCGGCCCACGGCUUUUUGGGUAUCUGGCAAGUGACGAUUUUCAAGAAAAACUCCUUUUACUGGUACCUGAGCUCGCCAAUUUUGCUGCUUUUCUUCGAGGGCAUUUUCACGUUGACCAUCAAGAAGAACCAGGAGUGGAAAUGGUUUUGUCCUUCAGUGUUUCUUUAUUUGGCCAGCAUUGUUCCGGCAAUUUGGCUCUUGGAAUUGGAUAAAGUGGAUAAACGGAUGAGAGCUAAAGGGCUGGAAUUGCCGAUGAACUUUACUGCGGAUGGACAACUUAAGGAUUUGCACAAUUUAAUUGGG